AUGCCUCGUCAACGAUCCGUCGGCCGCGCUCCUUCGCGCCCUACCGCCUCCGCUUCUGCCCCUAAGCCUCAGCAGACUCGACCUGCCGCCACCCAUGCUGCUCCUCCCGCCGCUUCUCACCCUCCUGGCCAGGCCAUGCCUCCUCAGGCUGCCGGUUCCCAGGGCCCCGGAUUGUUCGGUCAAAUGGCCAGCACUGCUGCCGGUGUCGCUAUCGGUUCCUCAGUAGGCCAUGCUAUCGGUGGCAUGUUCGGUGGCUCCUCCGAGCCCGCUGCCCCCGUCCAGGCUCAAGCCGCUCCCCAAGAGCAGUCCUGGAACCAAAACAACUGCGCGGGUGUCGCCCAGAACUUCACAAAGUGCAUGGACGACAACAACGGAAACAUGCAGAUCUGCAACUGGUACCUUGAGCAGCUCAAGGCCUGCCAGGCCGCUUCUGGCCAGUAA